GCACUUUGAAAAAAACACAUAAUAGAGUAGAAUUUUUACGUACGUAGUUUAAUUGUUUGCUCUCACUAAAACAAAGCCUUAAUCUCAAUAUGGAAGGCAUUUCUUGUUCACUCAAAACAUCCAUUUGGGCAUUGCUUUUGCUGAACCUUGGUUUUGUUGCCACCUUGGUGCAUGGCCAAUUAGGAACACGUUUUGGGUUCUAUUCAAGUACGUGCCCUAGAGCCGAAGACAUUGUUAGUUCAACAGUUGAGUCUCAUUUCAAAUCCAAUCCCGCCAUAGCUCCCGGCUUACUCAGAAUGCACUUCCACGACUGCUUCGUCCAAGGCUGCGACGGCUCCGUCCUCAUCGACGGCCCGAACACCGAGAAGAGCACCGUCCCGAACAGCGGCAUUCCGGGCUACGACGUCAUCGAUGCUGCUAAAACCCAACUUGAAGCUGCUUGCCCUGGUGUCGUUUCCUGCGCCGAUAUUCUCGCACUCGCUGCACGUGAUUCUGUCGUUCUGACGAAAGGAAUUAAAUGGCAAGUUCCCACUGGGCGAAGAGAUGGACGAGUUUCAUUGGCGUCUGAUGUUUCCAGUUUGCCUGGCCCUGCGGAAUCCAUCGAUUCCCAAAAGCAGAAGUUUGCAGCAAAGGGUCUCAACACUCAAGAUCUCGUCACCCUUGUUGGUGGACAUACCAUUGGUACGGCAGCAUGUCAAUUCUUCAGCUACAGACUCUACAACUUCAGUGCCACCAGCUUAAACGGCGCGGAUCCAAAUAUCAACUCCGCCUUCGUUCCUCAACUUCAAGCCCUCUGCCCGCAGACUGGCGACGGCGUGAAGCGGGUCGAUCUUGACACCGGAAGUUCAGCUCGUUUCGACACCAACUUCUUUGCGAACUUGAGAAAUGGAAGAGGAAUUCUCGAGUCCGAUCAGAAGUUGUGGACUGAUCCCUCCACAAGGACGAUCGUCCAACGCUUCUUAGCGGGGAAGGGACCACAAAGCCUAAACUUCAACGGGGAGUUUGCCAAGUCCAUGGUGAAGAUGAGUAAUAUUGGCGUCAAAACUGGGACUCAAGGUGAAAUCCGCAAAGUCUGUACGACAAUUAAUUAAUAACUGAUCAUAUGUGAUCUACCAAACUCAAUUCCGCGAUCACUUCAUAGUUAAUAAGAAAAAUGUAUUGUUUGGCAA